AUCUGCAACAUGGGUCGGUGAUUGGAUAACAACCAUCUACAGAAGUAGAGAGUACAGAGUACAGACUGAUAAUGGAUAAUAACAUCCUCGAUAGUUCGUUAAGGGAUUAAUGAAACGAAAAUUUGAAACUUGAAAGUAGAACCCUAAACAGCAAUGAGACGUUGAUACAAGUUUAAGAGCCACAAUCACUGAAACGAGCUGUCUGUCAAGUUAUCAAAACCAGUGGGCUGUUUUUUCUACUUCUUUGGGUGAUGCAUAUCGUCCUCCUUACACGCCAAAGUUGAGCUUCUGACGUGCUCGUUGGUCCCAUCAUUUCGUGGUUGGUAUCAUUGUUCCGCAUCGAACAUCUCUCUCUUAUUAUAUAUAUAGACGAUACAACAACAUAUGUACUUGGACAAGGAACGACAACCAUCUCUUCCUCCUCUCUUCUAAGCCUUUCUCACACUCACCCACCAAGUGUUCGAUCUUUUCUUCCUUCCAUCAUUACAACGCUAAUAGGAAAAGAAAAUGGGCAUUCGUUUUCCCGAGAUGGUUGCUCAUGCAAAACAGUUCAUUCGGGGACGACGCUCUCUUUAUUCAACAACAGUGAGUACAACCACAAAGGAUGUUCCCAGAGGCCACUUCGCUGUUUAUGUCGGAGAGAAGCAGGCUAAGCGGUUCGUGGUUCCCAUUUCCUUCUUGAAGCAUCCCUUGUUUCAAGACUUGUUGAGUCGGGCUGAAGAAGAAUUUGGAUUCGAUCAUGGGAUGGGUGGUCUCACGAUUCCAUGCGACGAAGACGCCUUCAUCAGUCUCACUUCUCACUUGCAUGGCUACUGAUGAAUAGAAUAGAAUAGAGAUGUAGAGAAGUGACCCUGCAAAUUUGUAACCAAAUUUCAUAUAUAACCCUUUACAACUUAAUUAUUAUCUCUCCAAUUUUGAAAAUAUAACUUCCUUUUCUUCCUAUUAUUUCUUAGUAGCUGGAUUCAAGCAUGUCUCAGUAGAGAUUUCUUCUUUAUUUUUUCUUUCCUUUUCUUAUC